GCCAUUUGUCUGCUACAAAAGUGCGACUUUCUUGUCUGCUUGUCAAACCACCGCAUAAUAAACCGAAAGUGAAAAAGGAUAAUAAAAAUGAUGUUAUCGAGUUCAAAUGAAAGUGAAACUAAUGUUGAAUAGUAAAUGCAGGUUCAAUAGUCUACUUUUCACCUGGGCGUUGCCCCGAAUAGUGAAUAUUACCGAUUAACUAAUCAUUCACUUUCGACCAUGGGUGACAAUAAUCAGGCUAGGUUAGGAAAUUACGAAAUGCUGAAAGCUUUGUAUGACUUUAAUGCAACUUUUCAUAAAGCCCUCAGCUUUCGAGAGAAUGAUCUUUUUGUUCUCUUACAAUCAAAUACAAAACAAAGGAAUUGGUGGCAAGUUAUAAACAAAGAGGGUCAAGUUGGUUUUAUUCCUUCUAAUUACGCGACGACAGAAAAGGUUCAACCUCAAUUCUUUAUAGACUUUUUAGAUGAAUGUAUUAAAUUAUUCUCGGGGAACAGUGACAAGCAAGAAGGUUCAAUUGUCACUGAUAAACAGGCGAUUUUAUCAAAAUUAGAGGAUAAGAAACGCCAUGCAGAACAGGGUAAAAAAACAAAAAAACAAGCUCCAAUGCCACCUGAUUUUGGCAGUACAACACCCGACAAGGAUAAUAAUGAAUUUCCUCUUCCCAUAGUCAGUAGUAAUUCCACAGAAGAUAAUAAAUCAUCAGCAACAAGUAGUGUGACAUACGCCACAAUAAACAGUAAUCCGCCAAUUGAAAAUAUUGAAAAUGAUAUUAAACCAAUAAAAACUGAAUUAACACCACCAGCUCGACGCGAUUCGACGAGUGAGAAACGAAGACAAUCUUUAACACGUCAAUCGGCCUCCGAAGCAAUUCCACCGCCAGAUGAGGAAAUAAAAAAAAGUAUUUGUGAAAAUAAAAUUAAAUCGCCAAAUCAUUCGCCUGUGAAGAAUAGAACAUCGAGUAUGGCUGAUAUUAAUCCGAGGACGGCUUAUCAUUUACUGGAUCAAGUGAGACGAAAUACACAACUUAGUUAUGAAAUGUCAAAAGUUGCCGUUUCGGUUGUUGUCGCGGGUUUAUAUGAAAUUCUUCCUCAUUCAGUGAGUCACUAUUUGGAGGAGAUUUUAAAUCAACUUCAAGUUCCACUUAGUGUUUCAAAAAUGACAAUUGAGGAGACUUACGAUGCUAAUAGGUUAAAAGUAAUUUUCAAAGAGCUUACUACUUGCAAGGAAGAUUCUCAACAAAGAAGCUGGAUGCUUUAUGAGGACGAGUCCAUAAUUUUAGAAUAUAUCAAAGAGCUUACUUCUAUUCUUACAAAUGCUGAUGCCAAUGUUUCAAGGUAUGUUUUGAGACAAGAUCAAUAUAAUGGAGUGACAACGUUGAUUCAGUAUUAUCAAAUGGAACCUAGAUGGACUAUUAGGCAGUUACUUUUACAAUCUUUCGGAGUGAUGUGCAGUCUUGAUCCGAUAGCUUUGACAAUUAUGUUAAACAGCAUUUUGCCAAUGGAGAUGGCCAGAGAUAUGCGGGCUAAUCCAAGAAACGUGCCAAAAUUGAAUUAUUCGUCUCUCUUACUCACAAUGAUAUUUUCCAUGGGUGAACCAAUGCCAAUUACGCAUUUAGAACAACUCGGAAUGGACUUUAUAGAAUUUUUAUUUGAAUUAAUUGAAGAACCGCCGGACACAGAUUUGGACGAUCAAAUUCCUGAUCUGUUUGUGAAUCUCAUUCUAUCGUACAAUUUGCAAUUUAUGGCAUCGGAAAAUAUUGUUUUGAAUGCUCUUAAAGGGAGAACCAUUGCCAAAGUUUUUACAGAAAAGAUUUUAUUUCUUCUGAAUCGAGAAGAGGAUCCUGUUCGUAUUUUCGAUCAUCAACCGGCACCACCAGAUUCUGUUUUGAAAAUGUUUGUCGAUUUAUUCAGUAAAGAAAUUACGGCUAAUCUUUUUUACACAAAUGACGUGAAGGUUCUGCUUGAUAUUAUUUUGAGGCAAUUAUUUGAUAUUUCACCAGGUGAUAAGAGAAGGCAAUAUUUGGAAUUGUGUCGUCGCGUAUUGCGAACAUCAAAUUAUAAUGAUCAUCGACAUCGUUCGGAGGAUGUUCUAAAAAGUUUCACAAGAAUAUUUUGCGAGGAAACUGCUGAAAGUCAAGAGGAUCAACAAUUGGUGCGAGAUAUUAGCAAUGAAUUCCCACAUUUAUUUCAAAUGUGACAUUUACUUGAAUCACCUUCAUCUGUCAAGGUGGAAGACGAAGACGACCUACAGACCCUCGUUUAAGAAGCCUUUUCACGACGAUUCCUUCGAUGCAAAAAAAAAAACACAGAUAUACUAUUUUUCUCUCAUAUAUAUUUCCUUAUACAAAAAAGAAAUAUUAUACUGAAAAAGUAGAGUAGACAAUUUAUUUUUUUAACGUAAAAAAGAAUCGUGUAUUUAUUUUUCAUCGCUUUUUUAAUUAUAUACACUAGAGAUGGCUGUAAAGAGAACAUUUAUAUUUGUUCCAAAAGAAUAAUUGUUUUUAAUAAUGACUAACAGAAAGUAUUUAUUUUUUUCUUAUAUUUUAUCGAAACUACUUUUUCUAUAAUAUUUUUUUUUUCGUUAUUAUUCAAUUAAUAAUUAAUUAGUACAAUAGAAAAUCAAAAUGACAAAAUCCAAAGAUUUUCAAGUUUGAGAAGUUUAUUAAUUUUAAAUUAGUUACUAUUGAAAUUUCCAUUAAAGGAAAAGUCGAAAAGUUUUUAAAAAUAUCGAAUUUAUUGUAUAUAGAUGAAGAAUGAAGUCAUUCCAAUUUUUCUUUGGCCAAUUAAUUUUUUUAUUGGUCCAAACAAAAGGUAGCUUUAAUGAAUAUAAAUUAUUCAAAGGGAAUUUUUAGAUAUUUGAAAUAUACAAGAGAAAAUAAAUUUAGAUA